UUUGUCAGCGCACUCGGCCGGGAGAGCUCUCAUUUCCUCUCAGCCUCGUGCGGGAAAUGGAUUUAAUUCUGACAGCAGAGCUGUAAGGGACGAGUGGGAACGAAAGCCUUUUGUCAAGGAGUGGCAGCCUCUGUUGUCUGUGAUUACCACUGACGCGGAGAAGCUGCGCUGCUGGUGGAAUUCCAGGCAGCUCUGGCCAGUGCGCGGCUGCAGGAUGGGUAGAAAACAGUGCUCUGCAGAUUAGCUGGGUGCAUUUAUCAAGCAGCUCUCCCAAAGAAAGCCAGCCAACAAAACAAGCCCCCAACCACCCGCAGCCGAGGACCAGAGAUGGAGCAGAUGCCUUGCAGGAGUUUCUACCCGGAUGUUUGAGGUCCUAUAGAUGUCAUCGAGCCGGGCAGUGGAGCGGAGUGUGCAGGCUGAGUGCUGAGAAGAGGCAGCCUGGGGCAAGGCUGCUCCUACCUCCUGGGAUCCAGGAGUGGACUGCAAACCCGCCAGGACGAUGAGUGAAGAGGCCGUCCCCGAGGCCGCCUCCCCGCCGCCCGCCCAGGGCCAGCAGCAGUACUUCGACCGCUUCUCUGAGGACGACCCCGAGUACCUGCGCCUUCGCAACCGCGCGGCCGACCUGCGGCAGGACUUCAACCUGAUGGAGCAGAAGAAGCGCGUCACCAUGAUCCUGCAGAGCCCGUCUUUCAGGGAGGAGCUGGAAGGCCUCAUCCAGGAGCAGAUGAAGAAGGGGAACAACUCCUCCAACAUCUGGGCCCUGCGGCAGAUCGCGGACUUCAUGGCCAGCACCUCCCACGCAGUCUUCCCAACAUCUUCCAUGAACUUCUCCAUGAUGACGCCCAUCAAUGACCUCCACACAGCCGACUCCUUGAACCUGGCCAAGGGGGAGCGGCUCAUGCGGUGCAAGAUCAGCAGUGUCUACCGCCUCCUGGACCUGUAUGGCUGGGCCCAGCUGAGCGACACCUACGUGACGCUGAGAGUCAGCAAGGAGCAGGACCACUUCCUGAUCAGCCCUAAGGGAGUCUCUUGCAGCGAAGUCACAGCCUCCAGCCUGAUCAAAGUGAACAUCCUGGGAGAGGUGGUGGAGAAGGGCAGUAGCUGCUUCCCUGUGGAUACCACGGGCUUCUGCCUGCACUCGGCCAUCUACGCUGCCAGACCCGACGUGCGUUGCAUCAUCCACCUGCACACUCCAGCCACGGCAGCGGUAUCAGCCAUGAAGUGGGGCCUCCUGCCCGUGUCCCAUGACGCCCUGCUGGUGGGGGACAUGGCAUAUUAUGACUUCAAUGGUGAGAUGGAGCAGGAAGCUGAUCGGAUCAACCUGCAGAAGUGCCUUGGACCCACCUGCAAGAUCCUGGUGCUAAGAAACCAUGGAGUGGUUGCUCUGGGUGAUACUGUGGAGGAGGCAUUUUAUAAGAUCUUCCACCUACAGGCUGCGUGUGAGAUACAGGUGUCCGCUCUGUCCAGUGCGGGGGGUGUGGAGAACCUCAUCCUGCUGGAGCAGGAGAAGCACCGGCCUCACGAGGUGGGAUCUGUGCAGUGGGCAGGAAGCACCUUCGGGCCCAUGCAGAAGAGUCGGCUGGGGGAGCACGAGUUCGAGGCCCUCAUGAGGAUGCUGGACAAUCUGGGUUACAGAACAGGCUACACCUACCGCUAUCCCUUUGUUCAAGAGAAAACCAAACACAAAAGUGAGGUGGAGAUUCCAGCCACCGUCACUGCCUUCGUGUUUGAGGAGGACGGCGCCCCAGUGCCUGCUCUGCGGCAGCAUGCCCAGAAGCAGCAGAAGGAGAAGACCCGCUGGCUCAACACGCCCAACACCUACCUGCGGGUCAACGUGGCCGAUGAGGUCCAGAGGAGCAUGGGCAGCCCUCGGCCCAAGACCACAUGGAUGAAGGCUGACGAGGUGGAGAAAUCCAGCAGUGGCAUGCCCAUACGGAUCGAAAACCCAAACCAAUUUGUGCCUCUCUAUACUGACCCCCAAGAAGUGCUGGACAUGCGCAACAAGAUUCGAGAACAAAACCGACAGGAUGUGAAGUCGGCAGGGCCCCAGUCCCAGCUGCUGGCCAGCGUCAUCGCGGAGAAGAGCCGAAGCCCGUCCACAGACAGCCAGCUGAUGUCCCAGGGCCAGGCGGAUGCCAAAGACGAAUCCGAGGAGACGGCGCCCAACCCCUUCAGCCAACUCACGGACCAGGAGCUGGAGGAGUACAAGAAGGAGGUGGAGAGGAAGAAGCUAGAACUGGAGGGAGAGAAGGAGCCUGCCCCAGAGGAGCCCGGCUCCCCUGUGAAGUCUGCACCUGCUUCUCCAGCUCAGAGCCCAGCCAAGUCCGAGCCGAAGAGCCCUCUGGUCUCUCCCUCCAAAUCUGUGGACGAAGAGGCUAAGCUGACGGAAACAAGCAAAGCCCCCACAGAGCCGGAAGUGACGCAGCCGGAAGGAGUGGUGGUCAACGGGAGAGAGGACGAGCAGACGGUGGAGGACUCCCUCAGCAAAGGCCUCAGCCAGAUGACCACCAAUGCUGACACGGAUGUCGAUACCUCCAAGGACAAAACCGAGUCUGUCACCAGCGGCCCCAUGUCCCCAGAGGGCUCGCCUUCCAAGUCUCCCUCAAAGAAGAAGAAGAAAUUCCGCACCCCAUCCUUUCUGAAGAAGAGCAAAAAGAAGGAGAAAGUGGAGUCCUGAUCCGCAGUCCCCUGGGGCUCCCAUUUGUGUCUCCCCUACCCCUGCCCCGCCUUCUCCCAUCUCUGACCCUGGAGGCGUGGGGCCGAGGAGGGAUCGAAUAGGCCCUGGAUCACACUCCGAUGGGAAACUUAGAGAUUGUCCCCCCCUGCCCCACAUUGUCCCUCUGCCCCACAGAAAUCAGGUGACUUUCCCAAGGUCACUCAGCUAGUUCAAGGCAGAGCUCGCACUAGAAUUCACGUCUUCUGGCUCGCGGUCCUGUGCUCCUUCCAGACACAACACUGCCUAGUUGUGGGCCACCCUCACAAGGAUGCUGCCCCUGAUCUGAGCCCAGGGCAAGGGGCCAAAGCCGGCCGCCAGCUCUCACCAACCAGGCCCCAUUCAGACAGGCUGAGGCUUCCCAGAGCAAGGUCCUUGUUCUUGUGGGAACCCAGUCUCUUGCUGAUGGAGCUAUCACUAUAUUUAGAAAUCUCUCUUCUCUUUCCUGUAGGGUAAUGGCCCUGCUGCUCACAGUACCCAGACAAAUGGACCUGCCCCCUCCUCCAGAAGUUAAUCCCUGUUCCCAAGGGCUGAUGGCUUAGCUUGUGCUUCCCCAACCACUAACCCUGAGCUUUCUUCAUGGAACCUCUGGAAUGAUGGCCGGAACAGUUGUAAGAGUGGGCAGGCAUGAGGGCAGCCAGGUCAACCACAAAACAGGGGAUGGUUUGAUCAAUAUAAGAAGCCAGGGACUUAUCACAUUUGAAUUGUGCAUCUCAGGCGCUUGAAAACUAAGACCAAAUUUAGCUUAGAAAAAAACUCGUCUCAUGCUCAGGGCUGAAAUUUGGGGAAAUUUUGAUCUUCUGUUAGCUUUGGGUUGUACAAGGAGGAUCAGGACAGUGUGGAUAUGUGACGCCUUUCCAGCAUUCCUGACACUUGAGCAACACUGCUUGUCUGGUUUGCCUCUGGUCCAGCAUUAGGGGUCCCCUGACUUUCCCUCAAACCUAGAAACCCUGGCUCAUAGCCUGGAACUGGCAUCUUACCCUUGGCCCCUUGACCUUUGCUCCUCUGGGUUAUGGGUCCAGCAGAGGAGAAUGAGGUGAGCUCUUCAGGAUUAAUCCUCUUGGAUCAGCUUUCAGAGAAAGGCUUGGGUGUCCCUGGCCUUGUCACUGUCUGUCCAUCCAUCCUAGGACCUGUAAGAGCCACAGCUAUUUUUGAAAUGCCAUCACUAUCUUUCAUACCUUUCGGUGGGACAUUGAUCUAUGAGCAUUGUUGGCUCCUAAAAAAUAGACAAUCCAUUCUCUUUUAAGCACAGUGUCUUCAAAGAAUAUUUUCCCUUUCUGUCCUGAAUAUUGUCAAAGUAUUUUUGAAAGUUCUUGAUCAUAGUUUUCUGCUUUUGAGCACUUACUACACACACACACUCACACACAUACACACACACUAUGCAGGCUUCACAUACACUAUAUCCUUUAACUCUUGAGACAGUACUGUGAUGUGGGUCAGAUUAUUCCAAUUUAAUGGGUAUGAAAACUGAGCCCCCCAAAAGAUAAUUGACUUGUUUCAGUGACUUGGCUAGAAAGAUCCAGAGCCUGGGUUGAAUCCAGGUCUGUCAGAGUCAGAGCCUUUGCACUUAGCAGCUGUGAUGAUCAGAAAACUUUACUUCCCAAGAGUGGUUGUUUUAGUCCAGGACUGUUUCGUUUCUGCAACAGGUUCUCCACUGCAUAAGUGAAGGUGGGAGACCACCCACCUUUUCUCCCAUCAGUGCAAAGUAAGUUCCUGGUGACUGUCGGCUGUGGCUGGGCUAGUGUGGACUUCUGACAAAGGAGAGGCCAGAGCCUUCUGGUUGGGGCCAGGAGUACCAUCCAUAGUUGGUAAGGAUAGGGCGAAGAAAUGAAACUGACACAUCACUAAAGAAAGCCCGAUACUGGGUGUCCCUAGAGCAGAUUCCUAACUGCUGCCCAGACUCCUCUGUUUUACUUCUGAGUCAAAUCUUGUGAUGGACGACCCAGGUCAGAAACGUCUGUGAUGUGGGAAAUGCCUUUCAAAGCCAAUCCUUUGAUGCCUUCUUUUAAGGAAAACUAUUUCACAUCCAUCCAUUCAUCCUGAUAUUUGUUAAGGAUCCACUUAGCAGCAGGCACUAUGCUGACAUUAAAAGAAAACAAUCGUUGUGACUAGAAUAGUCAGUGGCAGGUGGUGGUAAGAGCAAGGUAGGAUGGACACAGCCACUGGUGCAGCUUUCUCUGUUUGAGUGACUGUAGCUCAAAGAAUCUUGACUGACUCUUUGCUUUCAACAAAUUCUCUCCAUUCUCUUUACAACAGGGAGGCCUCAUUUAGAUGAACGUGCCUUGCAGGAGUUUAUGCCGUGGGGCCACCUCAUAUCCAUCCAUCUGUUCCUUCUUCAUGUGUUCAAAAACCAUGCAUGAGCUUGGGUCAUGGGCCAGGCCUGAGGACUGUCCCUGCCCAGAGGAGGUCUCCCAAGUCUAGGAGGCAUGUUACAGAAUAGGCAAGGGUGUGGAGGUGGCAUAAGGAGGCAUCAAUUUACUAUCUUCCAGGCCAGAGAAACCUUCCUGCAAGGAGUGAUGCUUGAGUUAGGUUUUCAGAACAAAGAGAAAUUUUCCAGGAGGACAAGAGGCUGAGCAGGACAAUGGUGAUAGUUGAAGUGCAUGUGCAAAGGCCUGGAAGUUUGGAAUGUCAGGUGUGUCCAUGGAGUGAUUCAAUGUUGCUGGGACAGACAGUGUGAGGUGGGAGGUGGGCUUCAGUUCAUGGGUGAGCAGGGUGGAUUAUAAAGAAACUGGUAGAAGGUGUGAGGGAGCUAGACUUCCUCAUGUACAGUGUCUGGAGCUGCUGAGGGCUGUGGUCAGGGUAGAUCAAGAGCAGGUUGCAUUUUAGAAAAAUUCCUUUGGUGGCUGAGUGGAGAAUGGAGUGGAGGGCGUGGGGGGCGGGGUGGUGAUGCGGGGACAGUGCUGGAGGAUUGGGAGGACUCCAUGAGGAGGAAUUUCUGAAACAUCAGCGCCGAAACAGGUGUGGUAAGCUGCCUUACACUGCCUUUAUCUUUAUAGCAAAUAGUGAGCUUGCAGUGCAGAAUUCAUUCCCAUGAAAUUCUCUGGAGAAGGCGUCUGAUGAGAACUUUACAGUGAGGAGAAGGGAUAGUCAAAGAGCUAGUGCUCAGUGCAGUUUGGGGUUCUGUUUUGUCUCGGGCUAGAGUUGCUAGGAGAGCUGCGGUGUCCCGCAGUCCUUUUCUCCUCCCCUCGCGAGUGUAGGAAAUGCUGGUGGGGCUCAGAGGCCGUGCUCUGAGUGCUACAGAAGCAGGCGUGGGGGCCAAACAAGACCACAGGCUCUUAGGAUGAGAAGAAGGGACGUGUUCUUUGGCUCUGAAUAAAAGUUUGGCUGAAUACUUUGACCAGUUUUCUGUCUGGAGAAAAUGUACAUAUGGGAAGCUCAAAAUUGUUAGGCCAUAGGAUAGUUUCCAGUAAAGUGUAGCUAUACAAUGGAAAAGGAUGAGAAAGUGUAGACAAACAAGCUGCGGUCUGGAGGCUGAACUGGGGAGUGGAGUGGUUUCUGAGCCUGUUUCCUUGAGAAGACAGGCAGGUGUGGGAGUGAGGAGGCAGAGGGAGAGAUGCUUGUGGAGACGCAAGCUUGGCCUCAGUGGCUCUCUGUGCAUGGGCUGGCACCCAGCAGUGACGUGUGAGAGCAUGCACAAACUUCCCUGAAACUUUACAAAAAGCGCUGCAAAGAGACCAGCACAGAUCUGUGCUCCAUAAGAGCCUCCAGACCUGACCCAAGUCACUGUCUGACUUUGGCCAGGUUAUACAGAUAAAAGUAAACUCCCUCUACGCUCCUGUAAAGAAGAUGGUGUUCUUCUAUAGAGAGAUGAAUUCUUUUUAAAGGACUUGGUGGGAGGGAGCUGGAUAAGAAGCCUGGUCCAGUAGGAACCCCACUGGGGAGCAUCACUCUUAGACCACUGAUUUUCCAUGGAGCCCAGCCUCUGCCCCCUGCCCAGUGGUAUGUCGGUCACUCCUGAAUGGGGCAAGACAGUCAUGCAUGUGGCUCGGGGCUGUCAUCACAGAGGACUCCUACAGUCAACAUGGGGAGAAGGGCCAUGGGGCCACUUCUCUGGUUGCUGUGGGUUUGAGAGAACCAUUCACCCAACAGCACAGUUCACUUCUGAAAGCCUAGAAGAUGGAAAAGAAGGGUGGAUUUUUCCAUGGAGGUAGGCAGAGGGGCGGAUGGACACAUAGCCCACCCUCAGCCUCUGUGCCAUCUUUUGCAUGAGGAUACAUUUUAUGCUGUAGCUCCAGGCAGGAGUAUGCAGUUUUUGUCUAUUGAACAAAUGAAAAAAGUUACUGCCUUCCCCCAGGAUCCUCAUGUGGGCCAGUGGCAACCCUCGAGGUGGCUGUACUUUGCAGUUGUCUCUCUGAACGCAGAAGAAGCAGGUCCUUUUACAUCUUCUGUACCACAUGAGCUCAAGCCUAAGAUGAUAACAUUUAAAGAGUCUGAGAAGGAAUGAAGGAGGGGACACAUCUGUGCUCUCCACCUCCUCAGAAACGACAGGGAUCCUCACAGUUGAAAACCUGGAGGGACGUUCUGUGACCACAGCUCCACAUCUGUUCUGAGAGGGGUGCUUUAGAGUGUCAGAGGCCUGAGCUGACUCAUGUGCUCGUUGGCUGUUUAUCUGUGGGCAGGUCCACGGGUGCCACAAUAUGAAAAAUGUGCACAGUACACAGUAGGGUGAUGAGCGCCAGACCUCCUGUCUAGGCAUGGACGUGACCUCCUUUUUACCAGAACUGAGUGCACAGGUAGAGGCCUGUCACCCAUGCACACCGAUCCCUCUUCAGCCUCGCACAGUGAGAAGCCACCUUACGCAGGACUCGGCAUGAGGGUUCCAGGCGGGGUGUCCCUCUCGACCCGAGAAAGCACCUUGCAUUCUUUUCAUAUAGACAGGCUUCUCCUUUUGGGAAUGAUGAGGGAGAAUCUUCGGUUAGGGUUUUCUUAGAAGUGUAGAAGUUGUGGUUCGUGUUGGUUUGUACUUAGGUGGUAUGAAGUUUUGCCAAAUUGAUAUUUGGUGACCUUUGCCUUCAAGAUUGCCCCCAGAGUUGAGUCAUCACUAUGAGACAUUGGGGCCUGAAGACAGAGAAGGGGUGGUCGCCAUUACUGAUGUGAGGAGGGACUUGGGCGAGGCUGGCCUGGGGAAGUACCAGUGGCUGCCCCCGGAUAGUCAGCCCCUGACAUUUCUCACCCACUCUUCCCAAGCAGCAGUGAUGGAUAAACCCCCCUCACUCUUAGCAGUGUGAAGAAAAUGAGGCCUUGAGGGGAUUGGUAGGAGAAGAGCAAGAAAAGCCCUAAUCUCUUUUCCCCAGAAUCUUGUAUAAUUCUGAGACAUGCAAAGGCAAGAUCUUCUCUUUGAAAGUGAACCAGAAGGAGGAAGACAGGUGGACCCAGGACAGGGGCUGCAUUAAGUACAUCAAAGCCUUCAUAAAAUGGGAAUAGAUCUUGGGGACCCCAACCCCUACAUUUCAACUCUACCCCAUGCCUAUCAGUCCUGCUUUGUGGGUGAUUGAUCUCCACAGGCUGCUCCACCUUGAAACUUCUGUAAACUAUGCUACACCGCCGAGUCCCAGCCCUCUCCCAGUGCGGGGAGAAGGGGUGCAGAACUAGUCCUGAGCCUGGCUGGCCUGGCAGGGCACAGGGGCCCUGGUGGAGUGCAGUGUUCUCUAAAGCUGUGGAUGGUCUCGGUGAUACGUCUGUGUCUGACAAUCGUCUUCCCCUUGUACAUACCUGGUCUGUGUUUAGCUUUUCCUAGUAUUGUGAGGUUUCAAAUAGGGGUUCCAUGUAAAUACUCUUUCUGCUACUGAAAUGCCAGCCCCCGGAUUGUGCAUCCUCCCCACAAAGGGUUUUGCCUUUAUGCUAACACUUUUUGAGCCACUGGUGUGCAGAUUGACUAGUUUCUUGGGCUUUUAUUUUGCAAUUUUUAUAUAUAUACACACACACAUAUAUAAUAUAAUAUAUAUAUAUAUAUUUAUGGGUUGGUUUUGUACAGUUUUCUGUUUGAAUCUCUGAGCACCAAAGCUGCCCUUGGAUUUUCAAGAGAACUUUCCAAAGCCACUUGCUGAGCCCCCGCUGCUUUGGUGUUUGUGGUGCCAGGUGAUAUCUCUGCCCCUGGAUUUCUGUAUGUAUGUGCUGUUUUCUCACCUGCAGAUAUUACCCUAGUAAAUCUACCAUGCUUGGCUUCCCA